GAUUUCCUUCUUUGAACGCGUAUGGUUCGUCCUAAUGCUUUAAUGUUUGGAAUUAUUUCUCAUGACGCUCAGGAGGCAACAUUUUAAUGCGCGUCAUGUGGUAUGGAGUUCAGUGGAAUGAAUAAGACGUCCGAGGAGACAUUAAGUUAUCUGAGUUCUUCGGCAACAGCUCAUCCUUCUCUGUACAAAACUUUGCGAUAUAGUCCUAGUAAUGAAUAUGGUGAAAAAAGUUUAUCUCAUAGUUCGCCCGAAGGCCAGGUUCUUCGUUUAGUUGACGCGUUCCACUGUCCAUUUAAUAACGACCUUAGGGAAUGUGAAUCCCCCCAAAUCCCUAUGGUGUCAGCUAUGUGCAAUCGUUUUGUCCCAUCGGACAUAUUAUCUGGAUUUGUUGAUAGAUCUGAGUUUGACCACUCAAAAGUACCAAAUAACAACGAAAAACUGGCAGUUCCUGAAGUAGGUGACACAAUCGUACUUCUUAAACCUGAUCUCAAUGAUAAGGCCUAUCCUUGUUCUGCAACAAAAGUAGGAAAUAACUCACCUUCACCGUCAAGCAAUUUAAUACCAGAUGCGGUGUGUAUCCCUUCUCCAUGUAACGGAUCUUUAUCUAGAACAGAAAGUAACAGCGAUGAAUCGUCUCAGGUCGAUAAACCUGAACCAAGUAGGGAUGUUAAUGGUUGCAGACCUACUGAUGUCUCCCCGACGCACGAUCAGGAACGUGCUAAGAUGGACUUGGAUAAGUUGGAUGAAACAAUUGACUAUGUGCUGUCAGUCGCACGGAGUGACGAACCUUGUGAAGGCAUGUUUGUACUUACCUGUAGAGCACGUGAGUCUGCAGUUACGUCCUCACCGAAUCCUAGAGUUAAUACUCCUAGUUCUGAACUUAUAAAUUCUCCGACAAUUUCUCCAACUCCGUCUCCUCACUCCAACAAUUUAAAUUCUCCUGUGCUUCAAACCUGUAGAACUCAAGCUGUGUUUCAAUCCAACUCCUCAUGUAGCAUGGUGUCUCCACAGCCUAUGCAGCGUUAUAUAGUCGAUCAAACACAUGGGAUUAUUCAGUUGUCAUCAAAUCCCUCUCAGUGUGUCUCUGCUCAUUAUGGUAACCAGGGUGUUUCUUUCGUCCAGUUAUGCUCAGACUCUUCCUCAAACCCUGUAUUUCAGGUUUCACAGCACCAUAUCGUUUCACAAAUCAGUCAGCCUCUAACAACAAAUACCCACGUCUUGUUUCAUCCCAGUAUGCUACAUAGUUUUCAGAAUCAUCCAGGGUCACAAGCUCAAUUUACAAUACCACAUUCCACACUACCUACUGCUUCGGUUCAAAGAAUAAGUACUCCAAUUUUGUCUCCAGUACGAACUAGCGUCAUCCAGAACGUUUCUAAUCAAGUUGUCAAACCUUCAGAUACCAACAUAACAUCCUAUCCUGUAUCUAACCACGUUAUGGAAAGUACGAAUCCACCCAUUUCCACCCAACCAGUUUCCAUUAACCCUCCAAAUAUUUGUGUUGUCCAGUCUCCUCAAUCCUUGCUUUGUGGUACUGUUGGAACACCUGUAUCUUUAGAAGCUUCAGGUGACGUUAAGUACUCACUACCUGUUUCUACUGUUACUAGUGACCAAAGUUGCUCACAGCUAAAUUCAUCGGUGGCCUUCCGUCAUCCCAUUAUUCCUGUCAACACAACCUCUCCUAUGCUCCCCACAUCUUCCGUUGGUGUAUCCAGUCACGGUCUUCCAGUAACUAACAGCCACAUCACUACUUGUUCCCAAAGCAUUACAACUACACCUAGGAAGCGGUCUCAUGCCUCAACAUCAGGGAAUAAUAAACGUCGAAAAACUCUCGGCAGUCCACCAUAUCCUGUCGUUCCAGUCUCAAACAAAAACGUCACCAUUCACGAAGCUUCUAUUCGUUCUUUACAUUCUGGCGCUCAGGAACAAAUUGAUAAAUUAAAAGGUGUUGAUCUAAAAUCAUUGGUCUCAGCUCCCACUUUGCAACCUUUUUUUUCAGUCCUUCCACCCACUGGUUCAUGUGAUUCGCUGUUUCCUAGAGGUGCUGAUGAAGUAUUUUACCACAAACAUGGUUUAAAAUAUUCUCGUGGACGUAUGUCUCUUAAAUUCCCCAAGUGUAUAGACCCGACUACCUCACACGAAGUUAUCGACUCAUAUCUUACACAACAUCUUAAAGUUGUAGUACCACCUGGUCCCGUUAUUUAUCCAUCUAAAUGCUUCAAGCGACAAUCUUUUGAGUGUCACUCAGUGUGUGCUUCUCCGGAACCUCCAUCAUUUGAGAAUAACAUGAAGACUCUAUUCUCGAGAAUGAAUCAAUUUACCAAAAAACAUUCAAAAGAUGUUUAUGAUGAAGUCAAAGUUGGGUACGACUCGUGCAAAUUGUCGAGUGAGACACUCAUACCUCAGUCACUGCUUCAAAUGUUUUCUCAAAACCCAUCAAAUUCUUUAGAAAGGACAGAAACAGAUAGAUGUACUCCUCCGCUUGCUCUAUAUCAUAUGCCUAAUCCUCGCCUGCUUUGUCAACCCAUUCAUUUAGCUCCUUGUGUCAAAACGGGUAUAGAUUCAGGACUAACUAAGGUUAACGGUUCAAACAUAUCUACUCUAAAGGCUGAACACGAUAUGCCAGGUCUAGACUCAUAUAAAAAUGUUAUGAAUGAGUCUCCAAUGUCCGUUGAUCUGAAUCCAUGCACUCCAUUCGUCGAUUCAGAAACUGGUGAAACUAUGAUUUCACCCCAGCCAAAAUCAACAAAAGCGUCUCUAGGUCCUACUUUAAGUGAGGAUGACAAGUUGCAUAUCACGUUUACUGUAAAUCCUUCAGCAACUGUAAAUAUAUCGAAAAUCAUCCACCGUAUCUCUGAAAUAUUGGGUGUAGAAGAAAAUUCCAUUGACUGUCAGAUCACCAGAUCAGGUGCACAAAUAACUUUAGAUCAGAAGCAAUCCCAAAGUGAAGUUGUUAUGCGUAACCUAGAAACUCACUUAAGACAGCAGUUUACACCACUGUCAUUACAAUUCGAAAAAGAUUCAAGGGAUUGUUUAGCACAGGGAAUCCACAGUUCCGGUCAUAUACAAUCUAGCACGCUAGAAAACACGCCUCAUACGAAACUUCUUCCAUCUAAUCCACCCCAGUUAAGUUCAUGCAAAUUAGAGUGUGAUAUUAAUAAAAACGAUUUCAGUCCAGUUUAUACACAGGAAACUUGUCGUUACUCUGAGGAACCCGUCAGCAUUACUUCUAUCCUUGCCAGCAGGAACCGCUCUGCAAAAUCGUGCAAAAUGUGUGGUAAGCCAGUCUCCCCUCAUAUGAUGCAACGCAAAUGGUUGGAUGAAUUAUGUUCGGUCAGUGGGAUAUCCAUGAGUUUUGAUAAUGCAGUUGAUCUUCUGUUUUGUUCUAGUGACUGUUUGUAUGGUUUCGCCCGCCUUUUGUCUUGUUAUCGAAGCAAGUACUCGGAAACGUCACUGGAUUAUUCCUCACAAACAGAUAUAUUAAACAUCAGGAAUUGCUAUAACUUUGAACAACAGCGACAGCUUAUAAUGACAGACUUUCCGUGCUCUGUGCCCAUAUUAUUACAAAACAACUUGUCGAAAUCAAAACCUAACGUCAAACGCCAGCAUCCCCAGCAGUGCGUUACAAAUAAGAAACGUCCAAUAAAUACUUCUACAGUCCCCUCCAAAUUUAGAAAAUGGCAAGGUAUCCGGUGGAGACAAUAUGUAUCCGAUGCACAUCAUCCAUCAGACAUGUCAUCCAAACGUAAUAUAGUCGAUGAUUCUCUUAGUCCUUUUUUAAGUAAUCCUGCAGUUAUGCAUGCUCCACAUUCUGGAGAUAAACGAGUGUGUGAUUUGUGUCAACAAGCUGGAGAUGCUCCUGAAGAUGGUGCUGGUCGUUUACUCCCUCUAGACUUAGAUAAUUGGAUACACAUCAACUGUGCAUUAUGGUGCUAUGAGGUGUAUGAAACUAUCGGCGGAUCCCUAAAUAACUUAGAUAUCUGGUUAGCUAAAGCAAAAGAGACAGCAUGUACACAGUGUGGUUUACUUGGUGCUGGUUUGCCUUGUUAUAAUCCGAAAUGUUCCUACGUUUAUCAUGUACCAUGUGCAAUCAGAAUACGAUGCAUGUUCUUCACGGAUCGUGGUAUGUAUUGUCCCCAACACCAACCUAAAGAAAUCCAUCCAAUGCAGUUAUCUUCUCUGGCAGUCAGUCGACGUGUAUACAUUAGCCGCGAUGAAAACAGUCAAGUAGCUCGUGUAGUGCAUGAAGAUAGUGAUAAACAUGUUGUUCGCGUUGGAGGAGUAUCUUUACAUUCGAUUGGUCAGUUAUUACCCCAUCAGAUUGACAGUGGAAACUUUCAUAAUCGUCGGAAUAUAUAUCCCACUGGGAUGUGCUCCACUCGGAUUUACUGGUCAAUGCGCCGACCGCGUUCUCGAGCAAAAUAUGUCUGCGAAAUAUUGGAAAAGGACUGUCAUCCCUUUUUCCGCAUAACAGCAAUUGAUAGGGAUAUGGAAAAUAUGUCUGUUACGCACGAGACUUGUGAUGGGGCUUGGCAGAUAAUUCUGUCACGAAUUGAGGCCCUUUGUAAAGAACACAAAUUAGUAAAACUUUUCCCACAACUUCUUAGAGGCGAAGAUUUAUUUGGUUUAAACGAAUCUCAUAUAGUUCGUGCCGUAGAAUCUCUACCAGGUGUAGAUAGUUUGAGAGAUUAUGUUUUCAAUUUUGGACGUCUUGAAUUAAUAUCUGAAAUGCCGUUGGCCAUAAACCCAUCUGGAUGUGCACGAUCAGAGCCGAAAAUGCAAACUUAUAUGAAACGUAUGCAUGAUACUGGAGAAUAUUCCAUUUCAUUUAGUCAUCGAACAGGUCUACCAGGUGUUCGACGUUUAUCUCAUCCAAGUUUCAAUGGAACGACUUGUAGCAACGGAGUAUAUAAUAUAGAUAAUAUGGCAUCAAAACAGCAUCAAAGCAGUCGUUCUCAACAGUACCGAAAAUUAAAGACAGAAGUUAAUUCCAACGUUAUACUCGGUCGAUCGCGUAUUCAAGGAUUGGGUUUAUUUGCUGCACGGGAUUUGGAACAACAAACCAUGGUAAUUGAAUACGUAGGAGAGUUAAUCCGCUUAGAAAUAGCCAAUAAAAGGGAAAAGAACUAUGAAGCUCAUAAUAGAGGCAUAUAUAUGUUUCGUCUUGAUGAUGAUACAGUAAUCGAUGCGACUGUUUGUGGAGGACUCGCUCGAUAUAUUAACCAUUCCUGCCAACCAAACUGCCUCGCCGAGUUCGUCAACUUCGGCGGUCAUUCACAUAUUGUGAUAAUUACUAAUAGACGGAUAAAAAAGGGUGAAGAGUUAUGUUAUGACUACAAUUUUGACUUCGAAGAUAGAAGCGACAAAAUUCCUUGCCUUUGCAGAGCUCCAAAUUGUCGAAAAUGGAUGAACUAGUAGCUUUGUAAAUCCUUGUUUGCAAUACUUUUUGUGAGACAAUUGUUGUAGAUAGGUAUACUCCGAUUCCCUAGAUUAUUAUCCAACCCAGUCUAGUGCUUCUCAAUAACCAUCCAGUAUAGUUUAUAGUGCCUUUACAUACUUCACUUGGAUUUGUACAUUUCAUGCCACUUAGUAUUCUGUAUUUCAUUCCUAAUGUAUGUUAUGUACAGCUUUUACUUAUUUGUUAUGUUUUUAAUUUCUCUCAGUUAUGUUUGAGAUGUAUUGGUAUUUUUAUGUAUAUUGUCAACUAAUGUGCAUAGUUCUAAUGCAUUACGGGUGUACAGUGAUUUCGUGUUCCAUAUCAAAUUUGUCCCUAUGUAUUAUACUUAUUUGUACAGACUAGUUAUGUACCUUAUUCAUUUCCUUCACAUUCCCUAAUAUUGUAUAUAUGUUUGAUCCAACUAAUUGUCCUUUCUAGUUUUGUUUGAAAAAUUUGAGUAUUAAUUGCAGCCAAUUAUUUUGGUUUAUUACACAUUUGAGUAUCAUUGUGGCUUCAUUUUUCUUAGCAAUAAUAGUGAUUUCAAGAAAUAAUUCAGAUGUACCUAAUUUCUAUGCUUCAGCUAAGUAAAACUUUUUACUAAAGUGAACAAACCACGCACUCACUGUAACUGUACUUGUACACGCAUGCAUUUGAAUAAUAAAAAUUGUUUUCUUUGCGAAUGGUUCUAAAGGUGUAACCACUUAAAUGUCUUCGUCUAUUUUCACUUUGACCAUUAUACUAUUGGGAAUUCAUAAUUCUUCAGUUGUCAGAUAAAUUAAUGUCGCAUCUGCUUGUAUUCAAAAUCACAAUAGUCAACCAGUUGCAUUUAACAUUUAAUAAACAUCAUGAAUGUCAUAGUUCUUCUAGAUUGGUUCAAGUCAGAUGUACGAUUUUAAUAGUUCAAGUAUUCGACUUUCAACCAAUAAACCUCAAGCUCGAGCUUCCCACCAAUUUUAAUUUUCUCAUCUGACUUAAUUAUAACCACACAAAAGCAUGUGGCUCAAAGCCAAGCACACAAGCCUUUAGUUUAUCUAUUACUGUUUUGAAUACCUAGUCUUCGUUUCUUGGCAUUCGUUAAUUUGCGUAACGAUCUUGCCUGUAAUAUCGUUCAAAAUCCUGAGUACCGUAUUAUGGUCCAGAAAACCUCAGUCUCAAAGACAAGAUCAUAUAUUUCUCCAAAUAUCCGUAUUAUCCCUUAUAGCCGGAUAUCUUGUAUUCGUGAUGAAGUAGUAGGAAACAAGAAAGGGGUUAAAGGUUAACUUGAUAAGUCCAAAUGGUAUUUGUGACAUUUGUAUGGUUGACACCGGCAGCCUACAGUAUGGGAGAGUACUUCUUGCGGGACUUUAUUAAUAAACUAAAUUCGUGUCGUAUUAGUUUCCCCUAUCUAGACUAUCCCUGGUUAAGGGUUCGGUUAUUUUCACUACCGACAUUCUCAUCCUCUCCCAUUUUAAGUAGCUAACACAAUUAGAGAUGUUGGUUGAUCGUCUCCAGUAUGAUUUCGUCUAUACGUUUUACAUUUGUUAGUUCCAGUCAUAAAACCUGAGAUGGUGGAGAUCUGUAGCUCAGAUGGAUGAUUUUGAUGGUUUUGUUCUCUGAGCUGGAUGGUUUGGUCGGUGAGCUUUCACCGUUAUUCUGAACGGCAUCAUCAUCACAAACUCCAGGUAGGUCAAGAUCGAGGUCCACAGGACAAGCUGUGAGCUAUAUGUAGGAAAAUCCGAACACUUCUACCUGAAGUUCUUGCUGAUGAUGUCGUUCACAAUAACGAUGAAAGCUCCACGACCAAACCAUCCAGUUCAGAGAACAAAACCCCACCAAAUAUUUUCUAACUGACCCGUCAGGUAUGAUAGAACUUCAAGGAUUUACUAAAUACUAAUCAACCAAUGGUCCCACCAUGAAAACUAGUUUGGCGACAUCCAUUAAUCUUCCUUAAGUGUCCAGAUCGUGACGGUGUAGCGAAAGACCAUAAGUUCUUUACUUCAUCUGGUGUCACACCUGGCGUUGGUCCCAAUUCUGAUUUUGCCUUUAAUUCAAUCAUAACUAUCCUACCAGGGCUUUUGCAACUCCUUACGUUAAUGUGAUUAUUAUAUUGCAAGGUACCUGAGUAUUUUUAUGUAUGAAACUCACAAUUGUGAUAUUUUAUUUACUUGAAUUUAACUAGCGAGUACAAGUCGAUGGUAAAUACAUGAUCAGUAGAAAAUCAUGAGUUAGUACCAUAUAUGUUUGAAAACCUAAGCUCUACUGCUGUGGUUCAGUUAUUUAGGAGGUUCCGUAGAUGUGAUUCUUACUUGAUAAAGAAAAUCUGUUUCUUGUUUUAAUAAUACGUCUUCAACUGCCCUUGAUAUCUCGAAAUUUUAUUUAGUAUGUAAUCAUUACUGACCUGAGUUCUUUACAAGGUUUUAGCUGCGUUCGUUUUGUGCUAUCAUUUUCCAUGGAUUAGGUAGAAUUGUCCUGUUAAUAGAUAUAAUGUUAUUUUGUAAACAUACCUGUUUUAGCCAUAAAGAAAGCGGGAUCGCAGUUUCCAUCCGAUUGGCUCCUGGUGUUGGAUUUGUCUUUAGGAUCUGCGCACUUUCAAUCCUAAUUAAUCCAUAUUAAACUUUUACCAACUCUACAGUUUUAUGCUUACACGUUUUUUUACUGAGUCCAUUUAGGUCUUUACAAAUAUUGGAUUUUAUAGACGAUGUAAUUUUGUAAAUACCAUCGUCUGCGACAGAUAUUUUCAUACUUUUUAGGUGGUGUGUGAGCAGUUCAGCAUUGUUUCCUAUUUAGUAUACUGUCUGUAGGUAAACAGCAUAAAAAGUAUCCAAUGAUUUGCUAACUAUUAUCUUCAGAGCAUUAUUCAUGUAUAAUCGCGCUAUUGAACUCAGGUUGAACAGAUGUAAUUUUAUAACUGUGCAAGCCAUAAAUCAAUAUUGCGUUAUAUAUGAUGUUAUUUAUCUUGGACUCCCUAGCUUUGCUCACAAGGACAAACAUGCCCAAAAAGCAUUGUUUGUCUAAUAUGAAGAUUUAUUAUCAAGCUAUGAAGUUUUAUUUAUCCAACAAACUGUAGGUUAUUGAUGGGUCUGAAAGAUGACACCCACCAACUUACGGUGGAUUAACUGAAAUCGAAACAUUUCUUGUCUUGCUGCAUGUGUACGAUGUUGUACUUAUCCAUCUCUAUUUUCGACUAUCUCCCAUCACCUUUUAAGAUGACUUUGAUUCAGCUCAUAACAGGGGCUUGAAUAGCAGAUUUCCUGCUCUUGUUGCUUUCUUGAAGCAGUCAACAUAAUUCGAUUCACAAUAAUAACACUUAACAGUUGCUAAUGACGGUGCAAAGAUACCAUGAAUUAUUGUGGAGGAUAAAUGAUAUGUUUUUGGUCAUUGUAGGAUGUACUUAAAUUUUUCCGGUAGUACACAGUUGUGUUUGUAUAGUGAAGUGCACGACCACUGUCUAGCUUCCCAAUAUAAACCUAUUUUUCAUUAGGUUAUAAUUAAGUCUGUAAUUAUAUAAGUUAUGUUAAUAUUAAUAGUAUCUAGUCCCUACGUCAAUCGCGUUAUGUAGAUAUACUUAGUUUUCUUCGCAUGCAUUUAGAUUGUAUUGUAUGCUUCACUAAUACGUACGGAUUUAGAAAGCCAAAUGUUCUGCAAUUGUAACUAUGAUGUUCUGGGUGACUAAAAAUGGUAUAGCAGCUCAAUGAACGUCGUAAACUGAGAACCAUACAUUUUAAAUAUUGGUGCCGAAACAGUUAUCGCCUGCUCAGAAACGUUGGUCCAGUUGUGUAGAAAAAUUAUGCGUUUGCAGUGCUCCAUGAACAUUUAUCAAUUUUAAGCAGGGAGGGGACAAAAAUGCAAUCGUUUUUCAAAACAAUAUUGGGGUAAUGUUCCUGUUCUGCAUUUGGUAGAGCAUACAUUUAUCCUAUGGUAGUUAGUACUUGCUUCAAACGCUAGUUUGUGUUCAUUAAUGAAAGGACAAAGUGUAGUUUUGAGGACAAUUGACUCAUUACUAUACACUUUGUUUUAAUGUAUGGGUAAGGUUUAUAUGAGACCGUAGUUUAUCGAUUGUCAUAAAUUAGUGACCGAUUUAUAGAUUAAGUGAUCUAGACCUCCCAGUAGUCAGUUAUGGUUUGAGAAAAUUUUAGAUAACAACGCUGCGUCACUAGGGGCCAGGCUCUUGCCUUUAUGUAAUUAACUCCGAAAAUCUUAGGUGUCAUAGUAAAGCUU